GUAGGCAAUCUUACAUGUUAUGUUUUGAGGCAUUAACACAGCAUAAAAUACAGAGCCGGAGAAGUUAAAUGAUUGAAAUUAUAAAAACCAACUAUUUUAUUGAAUAUGCUCGCUUUGCAAUAAAUUUGACUCAGCACCAACGACAGCUCUGCAGUCCUCCAAUGUAGUGCAGAUCAGGUGGUUGCAGAGCCCCAGCUAGCAGCAAUACGAUGCAGCUGAAGAGGCAAGCACAAUCCACAGACAGCAACUGUAGCUACUCUCUAGAACAAGACGACCUCUAAGCUUAAAUCUUUCACAGAAAUGAUGUGCUGAUAUUGCAGAAGAGAUUACGGCAACAAUGGAAUACCAGAUAUUGAAUACAUCUACCUGUCUGCUGGUCCUUCUGUUUUUCAUACCCACUGUUUUGGGUAUCUGUCCUUCUAACUGUACAUGCUCAGGAAACGACAGGAAUGUGGACUGUUCGGGCAGAAACUUAACUGUACUGCCACACGGACUUCAAGACAACAUUACCUAUUUAAAUCUGUCCUUUAACCAGUUUGUAGAUCUCGAUCAUCAGCUAACGAGAUUCACCAAUUUGAGGACCCUUGAUAUUUCAAAUAAUUGGCUCAAGAAUGUUCCUGCUCAUCUGCCCAAGUCCUUAUGGGAAUUAUAUGCCAUAAACAACAACAUUAAAGUUCUUCAGAAACUUGAUACAGCUUACCAGUGGAAUCUUAAAGUGCUCGAUGUUUCCAGGAACAUGGUGGAAAGAGCUGUUCUGAUCAACAACACACUGAGCAGUCUCAAGUUUCUCAAUCUCAGCAGCAACAAACUUUGGACGGUUCCAACCAAUAUGCCCUACAACAUAGAGACGGUGGAUCUAUCCAAUAACUUCUUGUCCCAGAUACUCCCAGGAACCCUGGUGAGACUACAACACCUGACAAGCCUCUACCUGCACAACAACAAGUUCACAUACAUUCCUGACAAAGCUUUUGACCAGCUCUUUCAGCUGCAGGUAGUAACACUAUAUAACAACCCGUGGUCCUGCAGCGAUAAACAAAAUAUCCCUUAUUUGCUGAAGUGGGUGCAGGGAACAGCUGCCAGUGUUCUAGGGGCUCCCUGUGCUAAUCAGUCUGUGCUCUGGGUGAAUGCCACCCCAACUCCAGCAGCUCCCACCGUUACAGACUCGAGCCUCAUGAUUAAAGGAAUGAAGGCAGCAGACAAAGCUACUUCUCCAGGGGCAGCUGAACCGACCAAAAUGACAAAAAUGCAUAAACAAUUAAAAGCUAAGGAGGCUGCUACCCUGGCGACGUUAAGCCAGACUGUACUGUUUACGAGCACAGACCGACCACUGCUCCUCUAUCCAGAAGAUCUGACACCCAGGAAGGUCAGUUCUCAAGAAGCGGCAGCCACACACACCAUCUACAUCAAAGAUUCAACCGAGGUGAACUCCAGCCUGACUCGUUCCACAGGACCAUCCACCACUCCCAUGACUUUAAGUAUCACCAGUGGAAUGCCAACAAACUUCUCCAGAAUGCCUCAAAGCACAACUGCUACCUUAAGGAAAGAGGAGUCCACCACAAAUAUUUUGAAUACUCACGUGCCCUCCAAAGCAAGUAUCUGUGAGAUACAUUUGGUUUAUGUUGUAAUGCUUAAUGCAGUGGCAAUGUUCAUUGGCUAAGGGCUUGUAUUUUGUGAAAAUUAUUAUUUCUGUGAUACAUAGCUGGAGUUAAGACAUCCAGGUCAAAUAAUGAAUCAAAAUACAAGAAAUUCAAAGAUCUGAUUCUGAUCUAAAGAAAAUAACACUUCUUAAUUAAAAAAAGUGCACACUAAUGUCUUGAUACUAAGCUGCUACUUAUUUUAAUGUCUUAAUUGAGUAAAACUAACCUAUGAUUUUGUUUUUAAAAAUGUGCUUAUUUUGUAUUUAAAUUUUUAAUUUUACUUGCACAGAAUAAAACAUCAGGAUUUUAAGUACUGAUUUUAUGUAUGAUUUUGUCAUUAAACAACUGGAAAAAAAAUAUAAGGCCUGUAUCAUAUCUGCAUUGUCUUGCUUGACUUUCCAGUGAGCAAUUCUUGUAAUAUAGCAGCACAGAUUCUUUGUAAGUUAUGAUGACAUGCAAAAGGAAGGGAAAAAAAUAAAGGAACUAAACCUAGCAGUUCCACUAAUCAGAAGUUAUUCCUGAGAAAAAUUGCUAGCAUGUAUAUCUAUGUUUGCUUCAUAUGUAUUAGGAUAUUUUAAAUAUGAAGAACAACAGUUUUGAAUUUAGGAAUUAAAUAUGACAGUGCCAUGAUGUCUACUAAGAGGGUGUAAACUGAGAAGGCAACAUGGCCCAACUUCAGCAUGAGAAAAGUGGUAGGGGCUGAUACCUCUUUUUGCUCUGUCUUGACUUAGAGACUGCAGGCAAGUUAUUUCUCACUCUCCAUAUUAAAAAAAAAAAAAAAAAAAAAAA